CGUUAUCGUCACGGUUUGACGCAGCGUCCAUUUGCGAAUUUUCUGAACUUAAUUUAAUUGAAAUAUUAUAAUGGGUUUCGAAGUGGAAAAUAAGGAAACUGGCGUAGAGCUCACUGAGGCUGAGACCGAGCUUUAUGACAGGCAAAUUCGACUUUGGGGCCUGGAGUCGCAAAAGCGCCUACGCACUGCAAAGAUACUCAUCUCAGGGUUGAAUGGCUUGGGUGCUGAGGUUACAAAGAACAUUAUUCUGUCUGGAGUCCACUCUGUAAAGCUGCACGACGACCAGGUGGUCACUGAGGAGGACUACUGCUCUCAGUUCCUUGCUGCACGCGAAUCUCUGGGCAAGAACCGAGCUGAGGCAUCUUUGGAGCGUGCCAAAGCUCUCAAUCCCAUGGUGGAUAUCUCUGCCGAUACUCAACCGCUGAAGGAGAAGACGGCCAAGUUCUUUGGUGCAUUUGACGUGGUGUUGAUCAUUGGACAGAGCAAUAAUGAAUUGCAGCGAAUCGAUGCCCUUUGCCAAGAGUUGGGUGUCAAGUUCUUCGCCAGUGAUGUAUGGGGAAUGUUUGGAUUCUACUUUGCGAGUCUCCGGCAACAUAGCUACGUCGAGGAUGUUGUCAAAUACAAAGAAGCGGAAGCCAAGCCUAACCAGAAGGCAAAGUUCGAAAAAGUGGCUGUUCCGGUUCAGCGCGAAAUGAAUUAUCCCGCAUACUCGGCUUGGAUUGAUUUCGAUGUUAACGCCACCGCCUACCAGCGCCAGUUGAAAAAGAACGGACCUGGCGUGGUCCUGCUAGGCGUUCUUCAAAAGUUCCGCACCACACACAAUCGCGACCCCAGCUACAAGACCAGGAAUGCUGAUAUUGGCUUACUUCAAGCCAUUCGAGAUGAACUGGCUCCAAACUCUGCACUAAAAGACAGCUCUUUGGAGGUUCUCUUUGCCCAGAUCUCCCCAGCAGUCGCUGUGGUGGGUGGCGUUGUUGCGCAGGAGAUCAUUAAAGUGGUGACCAGAAUGGAGGCCCCCCAUCGUAACUUGUUCCUGUUUGAUCCAGAUACAUGUGCAGGAUAUGUUCAGGCCAUCGGGGAUUAAUUGAAUCCAUAAAAUAAUUUUGUAUUUCUCAAAUCAUUUCAAAUAACACCACAGUUC